AUGGAUCACUACCACCACAACCUUAGCUGUAAAUCAAUUUUGAAACGGAAAUCUCUCGAACUAUCUACCGAAGACGAUCCGGCGCCUGCAGUUGUAAAUAAAACUGCAGAAGAUCCACUACCACAAAGUUCCUUUAAACACUUUAAUCUCAAGUCCUACAGACAAGGUAUACUAAAAAAACAUUCAGCCAGUUUUGAUGACGAGUCAAUUCAAAAACCUAUACUUAAAAAUCGUUGUCAGUCAUGUGACGAUGAAACGAUAUUCAAUUUCAAUGAGCUCCAUUCCAUUUUGAAACGGAAAACGAGCGAACGGUGCGAGAACAAUUCGGAACCGUCACACGGAAUAUUAAAAAAGCGCGAGCUGAUUGCUCAUCAGCAGCCACCAGACAACAAUCAUCAGGAUCAUCAUAUCUGCAAUAAUACAGCGGACGAUGACAUUAGACCAAUUUUGAAACAGAAAAAAAUCGAAUCCGAUUCGACGGACGAAAACAAUUAUCCUCGGCCUAUUUUGAAGAAAAAGUCUCUGGAUUCCUCUCCGGACGAUAAAAAACCGAUAUUGAAAUCGUCGAGGAGCAAUAGUCCGGCCAAACGUGCAAGCUCCAAACGGCUUUCGGUAGCUCAAAGGGUGUCGAAUUUCGAGUCCGGCAUUCAUAAGCCGGAUUCCGGUGUUUACAAGAAACCGGUCAAAGAUAGCAAACGGAGCUCGCGGGACCGUUCGAGAUUUUAUACGCAACCUGUAACGCCGAGUGAAAUCAACGCUAUUAAAAAGUACGUUUCUAAUAAUAAUUAAGUAUUAAUUUUUCAAGGUGACAAGAUUAUUAUGCUUAUUAUAAUAUUAUGUGUGUGUGCAUGUUUGUGUAUUUAUAUGUUUGUUAUCUUAUAUUCUAUUCUGUAGAACAACACACUCUGAGAAUAACACGACUACUCCGCCCGUACAAAAUGUCUCAACACUAAACCAUUCGACAGAUAAACUAACGACCGGUGUUGUUCCACUUGUAGAUAACAGGGAUAUAUUAUUCAACAAGGCCUUGAAACGUGCCAAUAGCGUUUCGCCAAAAACUCGCGAAUUCCAGAGCAUUUUUGAUAAGACGGCAAACACUCCUUCUGUGCCAGACGUCAAUAAUUGCAGUAAUGUUACAGGUACCAUCUACCUAUUUAAAAUUUAAAUGUCUCGAUUGCAAAAACGACAUGAGUCAAUUUUUAUUUUCCCUUGUCUAAUACAAUAACAAGGUAUUCAUAGGAAUGUAUAAACAAAUAUAACUUUAGUUAUGUCUCAACAUAACUGUAGUUAUAUUAUGCAACAAUUAAUUCAGAUCGGUAACAAUAAUAAUUAUUAUACCCAUCUCUAUUCUGAUGUGCAAAUGUCUUAUAAAUAUAUUAUAUAGUUUAUAAAAAAUACGCCAUUAUUUUAUUUAAAAAAAAAAAAACAAUAGAAACUUCUUUGUACUAUAGAUUAUAUAUAUAUAUAUAUAUAUAUAGGUACUGGUAUAUACAUAUAUUAUCCAAGUCGAUUUUAUUUUAUUUGUAUAGAAUAAAAACGAAUUUCCAAUUGGCUAAUCAAUUUUAAAUUAGUACAUUUUACGGUUUUUGCACAUGUGUAACAUUAAAAGACUCCUAUGUACACUAUUCAAAAGAAAAACAAAUAGUAAAUUUUCUACAGACGGGCGUCACACAACGUGAUUUACUAUUUUUAUGUUUAGUAAUAAAAUAUAUAUAGAAGUAUAGAUGAUAAUAAUAAUAAUAGUAUCUAAUAAUUAAUAAAUAUCGCUAUAAAAACACGGAAGAGCGUUUUAUAUUACCGAAAGUUGGUACUUUAUAUGUGCGCCUAGGUAUAUAUAUAUAUAUAUAUAUAGAAGAAAAAAACACUACUUGUUUCGUUUUUGCAAUCGUAGAUUCAAUUACUUAGUCGUUAGCGUUAUCUUUUAAUGGGACAUUUUCUCGCCGACUUAUCUCGUCAAUUAGCUUUAUAAAAAAAAGAGUAAUCAUAUUAGUAGACGGUAUAAUAGUAUAGAUACACCUAACAACAAUAUUAUAUUUUGAUAAUAACAAUCGCUUUAGAGAAUUUCGUGAUAUGAAAUUCGUUCGAUAAAUUAACGGAUUAUUCGAGAGGUUUUAAUACUUCGAUUUCCAAACUCGUUACUUUCGUAGAAAGUUAUUUAGUGUUUCUAUUACUCACUAAAACAGUUUAAAUAUUAUUGAACAAAGUUUAAACGUUAUAAAUCAUCAUUAGAUAACCUUUUCCAAUUAAAAUAUUAGAAAAAAAAAAACAUUGUUGUCAAUGAUCUCAAUAAUUUGACUUUACAAUACUAUGCUCGUACAGUACAUUCCGACUGGUUACAACAGAUCAGCCAGAUAUAUAGUUAAUUGGCGCCCCAGUGCAUAGCUUAUGUAGUAGACGUACAAUAAUAUUGUUAUGUGAUAUAAUAUGAUAUUUAAUAAUUUCACUGAAAAUUUUUUUUAAAAAUUAUAAAUAUGUAUGUGCAUAUUAUGUAUAAAUAGACAAAAGUAGAUCGUCGAAUUAUAAACAGUGCCAAGAAAAAAGGUCGAGUGUUGCCAAUCGUUAUUCGACGCAGCCAGUGACAAACCACGAACUACUAGAAGCCAAAAAUCUGAAUAGUGCAAAAAGCAAAAACGAUAAUAAUAAUGGUAUGUCACGUACGAGUAGCAAGUAUAUUAUGUAAAUAUAACAAUGAUUUCAAUUAGCUUUAGUAGAUCGUAUAUACACAACUGUACGUAUAGACAUACGUAUACUUCAUGUUAAAUAGCAAAUAAGUAAGUAUAGUAACAGAAAUCAUUUACUUCUUCUUCUUCUUUUUUAUUACUUUUUUAAAAUUAACAUGCUAUACUUACUUAAAAUUACUUCAAUGUAUUAUGUAACAUAGUAGUUUUUUUUUUCAAAAUUAUACAUUAUUUACACUUGCUUAUAAUUUGUAUAACAUACUACUUUUAUAAUAUCGUUUUUGUGUAUGAAUCUAAUUUUCUAAAUACUAUGUAGCUUAUAGAUAUAAGAUUAAAUAUAGUUGUUUCUUGCAGUUGUACACUUCUCAAAUAAUAUAUUUAAUGAGAUUGUGUACAUUGUAACAAAAAUAAUGUAAUUUAUUAGAAAAUUAUUUAACUACAUUUAAUAAUUUUGCUUUUGCAUGUAUUCGUAUUUUGGUUAUUGUUCUUGUAUUCUGCUUAAAUAUAAAAGGAAGAUUGCCGAGGAAGAAAUUAGGAAGCUUUAUAAUGGAUCGGCUACGUAUAUUCAAUGGUAAAGAUUAGUUUUUUUAUUUAUUUAACAUUUGUAGAUUCUAUUUCAUCUUUUAUUAAUUUUCCACGCACGAACUCGUUUAUUAUUUAAAUUAUAAUAUAAAUUGUGUAUAAAACUUGGAAACGGAUUUAUAUACACUUAAAAUCAACACAAAAAAAAAAAACUCUUAAAACGUAAAAAAUCAUUAAAAAAUAUUUAAAAUAGUAAUAAUGGAAAAGAGGUUUAAAAAUCCUUCCCUGUAAUGGUUCUAACUUAUUAAAAAUAAUCUUUUAACACUAUAAAACUAAUUGUAUUUUUUUUUUAAUAUUGUUAAAACCAUUAUAGAGGAGAUUUUAAAAACUUAACUCCUUUUGCUUUUUAAAUAUUUUUUAAGUGCUUUUUUGACGAUUUCAGCACUAUUUUGCUGAUUUGAAGUACAUAUAAAUCCGUUCCUAAUAACAUUUAAAGGACUAGUCAAAAUUAGUCAUAAUAACCAAUUGUCAUUAUAACCAAAAUGAUAAAAUAAAAUUUAAAAAUUAGAUUAUGUGUAUUUAUAUGUAUUUAUAUGAACAUAAUAUUAUAUAUUAAUAUGCUAUAUUUUUAUCACUAAAUCGAGACUACACAAACAAAAAUAAAAUAGUUUUAUUAUUUUAAAAUUAAAUUAAACAAAUCUGUUAUCUUGGUUUGUAUUAUUGUAUACAAAUUAUACAGUAUUUUACACUUUUUUUAAAACAAAAAAUAACAUUAGCUUUUUCUUCAACUGUGAAUUGAUCAUUUUGCUACAAUACACCAAUACACCAUUUAUAAACAAUAAAAUUAUAAAACAACAAUACAUUCAGUAUUAUUAGCCAUUAUAUUAUUACCUUCAAUAAAAGUUGAAUACACUAAUUAUGGAUAACAAAUUUUCCAAUAUAACCAAAACAUAACAUCUGUAUAAUCAUUAUACAGAUUACAAACAUCAUAAUAAUCUUUAUUUAGAAAUUAGUACAUAACAAAUAGGAAUUUUGCCGAGACCUUUAAUCUAAGUUCCUUACCCCCGAUAUAUUACUACUACUGGUGUCAUUAUAAACUAUAUUUACUGUAAAUUAAAUAAUAAUUUGUGUUUUAAAAUCUAGGUAACACUUGUACAAUUGAUGUUGACAAUAUAGAAAAAAAAAAUUCAUUAAAAAAAGAGAUGGAUGAACCGACUAAAAAUUUGUCUGAACGUCUUAAAGAACAACCACAAUAUGAUAAGAAAAAACUUCUAAAUAUUGAAAUCCAUUCUAAAAACGAGAAGAAAAAAACCUCAGGAAUUAAGGUCCAAUCAAUAGAUGAAAUAAAUAAAAUCUCAGAGAAAAAAAUUCAAUUAAAAGAGGAGAUGAAAAAAAACCCAGACAUUAAAGUCACACCAAUAAAAUCUUUAUCCAAUGAGAGCGAACGUACUAAAAACCGCAUUUCUCGAAAUGUUGCUAUAAAUCGAUCAUUCAACACUAACUCAAAAUUGGAACUACUUAGGUAAAGUCAAAUAUAAAAAUAAAUAAUAUUUUAGGUUUAAAAUGUAUUUUAAUAUUUUAGACAACAAAAAUUUGGCAAUAAGAGCAAAGAAAAUGAUGAGUUUUCUAAACCCAAAAAACCAAUUGAAUCAUCUAAUGAUAGUACUGAUGGCACUUCAGUUGUUAAUGGGGGAUCUAUUAAAGACAGGUUAGUAGCUUUAAAGAAGAGCGGUCAGACUGAUUGGCAAAAAAGGAUAUCAAAAAUAAAACCAGAAGAUCAUGAAGUGUCAAAUAAUCCUAUAAAUGUAAGUUCAUUCUAACUUGUAUAUGUAAGAUCCAAAAUUAACUAUAUUAUUGUAGAUGGCUCAAGAUUUACUGCGUAAACAACUCACUAAACAAGUAAAGUCCACUGAAGAACCGGUUGAAUGCUUGGAUAACAUUCUAGUUGAUCGACUUAAUCGGCUCGAAAUGUCUUCUAAGGAUUGGAAGAAACGGAUUGAACAAAAGGACACAACUAAUUUUACUGUUGCUGGAAAAAUGCAAAAUAAAUCUUUGCCACCACUGACACCUGUUCUCAUGUCAAUCACUCAACGUUCUUCAGCAGAAAGAUCAUCUAGUAAUAAUUUUCUCUAAUACUUACAUACUUUUUGAUUUUAAUUUUAAUUUUAAUUAAACGUGUUUAUGUAGGUAUUAUCAGGAGGAAAAUCGGAGAAGAGUUAUCUCCCAAACAAACAAAUGUUCGACGGAGUCUUUCAAUGUCUGACAGUAAGACCAAAUCUUACCUUAAUAAUAAAUCUGAAAAAAUACCUUUAGAUACUGGAUCUAGUAACACAGGCAAAGAAAAAAUAGUAAAUGUGCCAACCAUGAUCGAUGAUGAUUUCGAUAAAUUUUUUGGUAAUUCAACUCGUAAGAGCAAUGACACCCAAAUUGAUGAUUUAGAUUUUGAUCACUUAAAAUCAUCAAAAUCUGAUCUGUAAGUGUGCAUUUUUAAAUAUUAACUAUUUCAUCUUAAUAAUUUAUUUACAUAUAGUAAAUAUAUCUUUGUUCUCAGACUUGUGCUGCGAAAAAAAGUGCAUGUACAACAGAGGAAACACGGGGGAUCAAAAAACCCAUUAAAAGCAUUAGCUACAAAUUAUGAUCUGGCCCAUCAACAAUAUACAGAAAACAAAUCAAAUUUAUUAUUACAACGUAGUUUGGAAACAUGUAAAUAUAUUUAUAUUACCAAUCAUUUAUUAAGGUUUUAUUAUAAAUUGUUAUUAUUAUCAUUAUGAUUUAUAUUUUUUAGCAACAAUCAAGGUUCCAUUAGCUCGAGAAGCACUUGCAGCUUUAGCCAGUAAAGAAGAUUUUGCUUCUGUGAACCUUCGUAAAUCAGGAGAUUUGACCCCUACUUUAUUGCCACCUUAUAAAGACCUCAUGCUGUUACAUAUAAAAGGCCGACGACGAGUUCAAACCCGUCUGGUAUCACCAACUGCAGAUUCUGUCAAUCAAGGUGACUGCUACGUAUUAGUUACAUCAUCACAAGUAAGAUUUAUUUUAAUAUUAUAUUCUCCAACAUAUUGUAAUAUGUAAUAAUAACAAUAUCAGCAAUAAUGGUCUUUCCGACCUUAUUACCUUAAAUUCGUAAUACUCAACAAUGAACAGAACUAACAUCGAGUUUGAUUUCUAUAAACUACAAGCAAAUGCCUAUAAAUAUCAACAGGAUUAAAAUUAUCUGCAACAAAAAAUUCAAUUACAGCACACUGUUUGAAUUUCACUUCUGGAUAGGCCAUCAUUUUAGAAUAUAGAUAUCAUAAAUCUUAGCACACACUAUACCAAAAACAUAACUUAUAAAAUGCUAUAAAUCUCUGAAAUAAAAUAAUUAUUAGAUCUCGUAUAUGAGAUAAAAUAUGAACUAAUAAUGUUUAGAUGUAAUGAAAUAAAAAGAUAUUUUAAAACAUAGCUGACUGAGGUGUAAAAACACUAUUCCUAUAACUUAUCCUAUAACACUUUUUUUCAGUUGGUUUUAACAAACGUGGAAAGUUGUGUUUUACGUUACCUUAUUUUUUUAAUCUGUUUAGAUUUUUGUAUGGAUUGGAGAAUAUUCAAAUGUUAUUGAACGGUCAAAUGCCGCCAAAGUGGCUCAAAGCAUUUUGGACAAGAAGGACUUGGGAUGUAAAUUCGCAAAUCAACUGUACACAAUUAACUGUGAUUCGUCGUUGCCAAACAGUCAACUUGAAAAGAAAUUUUGGACUCUUCUGGGCGUCACGUCUAGUGAAACUUCUUCUAUUAAAGGUAUAUUAACACCACUGUCUGCACAUUAAGUACUUAAAAUAAAAAUUUAAACCAUGUGUGUACACUGGUAGGCCAAGAAGCAGGACACCCAGACGAGGACGAAUUGUACGAAGCAGCAAUUGUUUCCACAAAUAUGGUGUAUGAAAUCAUAAAUGAUGAGCUUGUAAUACUGCCAGAAAUCUCUGAGACCAUGCCCAAAAUAGAAAUACUAGAUUCAUUUAAAGUACAUAAUUGUUUUAUUAUUAUUGUUAUUAUUAUUGUUAUUAUUCCAAUUAUUAUAUCCAAUUCUAUCUUUUAUAUUUUUUAGACGUUAGUAUUUGACUUUGGUAGUGAAAUAUACGUAUGGUAUGGAAAAAAUGUGAAUAUCAAUAAACGCAAACCGGCUCUUAAUUUAGCCCGUCAGCUAUUUGAUGAUGGUUAUGAUUAUUCACAGUAUGACGUCAGUCCAAUUGACGUGGCCAUGUGCUUAGGAAACAGAAGUGAAUAAAUUAAUUUUCAUUCAGUUAUAAACUAUUUCUUUUACAAAAAACAUUUUUUUAGAUAAAGACACAGUGUAUGUUAAAUCAGGGGCAAAAAGACCCGAAUGGGCCCUAUUUUCAAAAAUUACACAACACAUGGAAACAGUAUUAUUCCGUGAAAAAUUUGCAGAUUGGCCAGAUUAUAGCAGAGUUAUAAAAUUAUCGAAAAAGAAUGAUAACAAAGAAAAUGUAGAAAAUGGAGAAAGUGAUACAUGCGUUAGUUAUUUUCUUUAUUUAGAUACUUUUAAUUUUAAUUUAAUUUAUUUUUAAUUAAUAUUAAUGAUAAAAAUAAUUGUAUAUAUAUUUAUAUUUUAGAUUGAUUGGUCUCUUGAAAUAAAUGCAUUAAAUGCAGGUGACAUGUUAGAAAUGUCUGUUCAAGAACCUGAUUUGGUUUUAGGUGGUAGUCAUCUAGGCCGUGGUACCUCUUACUAUGAUAAAGAAGUAAGCAAAAACAUUAAUUUUUUUCCCCGUGUAUAAUUAACUGAAUUUUCACAAUAUAUGUUCUAGACCUUGCGCGAGUUUGUAAUAAAUACUGUCGGUGUAACUGUAUGGUAUGUUCAAGAAUUUGAUAGUACCGAAUUGGAAUCAAAAUGUAUAGGUCAUUUUCACGGAGGUGAUUCAUAUAUUAUUCGAUGGAUUUAUAACAUUUCUAUUCAAGGUCUAUUUUCAUCAUUACAAACAUACAAAUAUUAUUAUUAUUUGUACUUUACUUUUUCAAUAAUAAUUAUUGUAUUUAAUUCCCCAUAUCAGGAAGAGAACUUAGCGGAUUGCCUUCCCGCCGCAUGGUUAAGUCUGGUAGAAAUCGCUGUGCAUAUUGGUAUUGGCAUGGUCGAAGUGCAACUCAAAAUGAUCAAGGUGCUGCCGCCUUAUUAACUGUACAACUAGAUACCGAACAAGGUCCUCAAUUAAGAAUUAAUCAAGGGCACGAACCGCCUGCUUUCUGGAAUUUAUUUAAAGGGAAAGCUAUUGUUUACAGAGGAAAAAGAAAUCAGAUUCCAAGUACUAUAACAGUUCAUAAUAAUUUAUUAUGAUAUUAAGUUUGUAGAGUAUUCAAAUUUAAAAUUAAUAACAUUUUCAGAUACUUGGCGUUUGUUUAUGGUCCACGGAGCAAAUAUAAAUGAAGCCCAUUUAAUUGAAGUACUGUGUUCUACAUUACAGUUACGUAAUCAAACAUCGUUCAUUCUACUGAACUCUGAAAAUGGCACAAUUUUUGUUUGGCACGGUAACAGAUCUUCAGAUGCAAUGAAAGAGGUAAUUAUUAAAAAUUUAAUAUUAUAAUUUAACAGGAAAUCUGACUUAAAUGAAAUAAAUAUUUAAAUUAGAAUCAGUAAAGGACAAAUUAUGUUUGUUUUUAACUAUUAAAAAAAUAAAAAUAUAUGUUUACUUCAACUUGUCAUCUACAAACUCAAGUGCUAUUUUUAAAUAACUUUAAUGGGUACAUUUUAAUGCUCCUUUAUUAAAAUAGUAAAAUAAUAUUAAAAUAAAAGAUCUUUAUAUUUUAUAAUAUUUAUUUAAGAUAUCCACUCAAGUGAGAUGGUGUCUAAAAUUUCCAUAAAUAUAUUUAACUUCUUUGCAUACCUAUGCUCACUGUUAAAAUAUGUUAGAAAACAAAAAUUACCAUGAUAAAUAAACAAAUCUUCAAAACCAUUAUGAUUUAUUUAUUUAUAUGUUAUUUGCAUAAUACUUAUCUGAUUCUAAUUUAAAUAUCAUAUUAAUCAUAAAUUACUAAAAUUCCUUGUUAUAAACAUAUUUAGAGUUGGACAAAUACUACACUUUAAGAAGAAAAACAAGUAUUACUUUUGUUAUUAUUAUGGGUAAUUACUUUAGUUAAAAUAGAGUAUAUAUUGAGUAAGAGAAUAUAAUGGAAACAUUUUUAGUUUUUUUUUUUUACAAUUUUUUCAGACUACUUUGUUAAAACACUUGGUUGAUUAAACUCAGCACACACUGAUUAAUUAUACCUACAUAUACAAGGUGAUCCAUUUAAGUGGGUACACUCAUUAUCUUUAGAAAGUAUUAACUUUUUUUGGAAUUUGUUUUCUAGAACAUUUAAGAAACACGCAGCUCUACAAUUUUAUAUUUAUAUUAUUUUUUAUCACCCUUAUUUUUGGAAAUAAAAUUACUACCUACUUUUGAUUUUCAAAUAGCAACCUAUAUUAAAAAUGUCCACAAAUAGAAUAUUAGUUAAAAUAAAUUUUAGUGCUGAAAUUUUUGAUUUCCAUCAAUCCAAUCCAUUGACGAGAUAUUCCACUUUUAUGUUUGGGUUGAAGGAGAGUAUUGGAGUAUAAUUUGUGUGGUAGUACGAUACGUGUCGUGUUAAUAUUGCACCACUACUCUUCUCUAACCCAUACUUUAAAAUGGAAUAUAUCAUCAGCAAAUUGACGGAAAGAAAAAUUUGAAGAUUUAGGUUUAUUUUAAUUAAUACUCCAUCUAUUUGGAGAAUUUUCAAUAUAAAUUACGAUUUGAAAAACAAAAGUAGUUAGUGGUUUUACCCCCAAAACUAAGGGUGAUAAAAAAUAACAAAAAUAUAAAAUUUUAGAGCAGCUUGUUUCUUAAAUUUUCUAGAAAAUGAGUGUAGGUUUGAGAUGAGGCCACUAGAAUGGAUCAUUUGGUAUUCAUUUGAAAUAAUUUUAAAUUAUUUAUAGAUGUUCAAAAUUUAAAAUAUUUGCUAUAAUAUUUGUAAAAUGCUAAUAUAAAAACUAUUAUCAAAAACACACAAAUUAUUAGUAUUUUUUUUUUUUAUUUUUUCUUUCAUAACAAUAAUUUGUUAUAGAAUUAAACAAAUAAAUAAUUUUUUCGAUCUACAGUACAUACUAAUCUAAAAUAAGAUUAAAUAAAGACAAGAUAAUUAGUGUAAAGUUUACUUUAACAUAUAAAUAUGAAUAUUAAUUGCUACCAUUUUAAGAAUUUUCUUACUCUCAAUAAUCUCAAUACAAGAAAUAAUUGCACGAAAGCAAUAAUAAUAGUUGAACAAUACUCAUAAAAGUAUAGUUAAUUUAUAAUAAUAUUAUGUAUAUUGAUACGAUUGCUAAUUUUAUUUGUGCUUAAAAAAAAAAAUCAAAAAUAACUUAAAAUUUUAUAUAUUUAUUCAACAAAUUACACAAUUACUGUGAUAUAUAAACAAAAGUAUUUGAAACUUGCUUUGGAAAUUUGCAUUAUAAAAGAAUCAACUGAAAUUAACUUCCUUCAUGCACCUAUCAUUUUACAUACGUUAGUGUGCAUGAAUAUAACAAUUGGGCCCACCAAAUUUUUUUUUUUACUAUUUUUUGAAUAUCAUGUAUGUCAUUAUGUUGAUUUUCACUAAUACCAACUUGUUGACUGUGAACCACCAGUUUCAACUGUCACAAUAGCCACAAAAUGUAUUAGUAAAAAAUAAAAGAAAGAUUUUCAAUUAAACUGUUUUUUUUUCCUGUACAUAGUUAUCAGUGAAUAUAGCUAAAAGUUUGUCAGAAUUGGAUCAUAUGGAAUUAGGGCUGACCGAUGGAAUUGUUGUGCAGGAACCCAUAUUGAUUGAUGAUAUGAAAGAGCCGCCAGAAUUCUUCCAAGGUAUAUAAAAUUUGCAUGUCGAAAAUUUGAUUCAGUCAUUGUGGUUAUAUUAAAAAAAAAAAAACAAUAAUAUUCUAAUAAUAUCUUAUACAUCUUCUUUUUCUAUGUUUCAUUUCUUUCCCCUUUAACCAAUUCGUUGACCUUUGACAUUAUUAACUUGUGCUAAUGCUAACUAAUGCUAGAGACUGUAUCACAUCGUUUUGAAUCCUCUCUAUGUGUACUCAAAUCAUUUCUAUAUAUUCUGUUUCAUAUUUCUACAUAUUUAGAUUAAGUGCAUUACACCACGUUCCUAAUGAAUUUAAACAAUUAUUUAUUUUUUUUUUUUUAAAGACGUGUUUUUUAAAAUUGAUUUCGAACAUAUUUGGGUGGAGCGAAGCAUAACCCUUUUAUCAACUAGUUCAUUACAAUUUGUUGAAUUAUUUUGCAGAAAUCAUUAUUAAAGAAGUUAUGACAAAAAAUUUCGGAACUUAUUUUCGAUUUGAAAUCGCGAACCAAGCGAAUAGAAUUAGCCAAAGGCCUGAAGGCCUGGCCCUGAAUAGAAAGCUUUUAAAUUAAUUCUUAGGAAACUAUCAUCCUUGUAGCAGUAUAAGAUUGAAAAUACAAGAUUAAAUCAAUUAUUGCUUUAAAGUUUCUCAUUUUAUAAUUUGGCUUAUAGUGCUCACCAAACGGCUGGUUUCGCAUUUUUAUAGUUCUUUGUUUUUUCCCUGUAAUUAUCCCUACAAAUUUUCAUUUUAAAAUAUUAUUUGUAUAACUUUUACAGUAAUGAUUUUCACUAAAAAUUCAGAUAUUAUCAAAUCAAACCUCAAAAAAUACGUCUUUUCAUAUGUUAAGUACACUUAUUCAAUGUAUAUCUAUCCUUUCAUAAUUCUAUUCAUAAUCAGUUAUACCACACAGUACAUUUUCCUUAAUAUUAUCUUACUAUCUUAUUAAAAAUAUUUAAAUCGUAUUUCAUCAAUUGUAUUAUUCAAUGCCCGUAACACUCCAAGAGUGUCGCUUUCUCAAAGUUCAUACAGCCACAUAUAAUUCUACUAUGAAAAUAUAAUAUUUUAUUGUAAAUUAAUAGCGUUAGGUGGUAAGAAAUUGGAGCAAAUGGAUAGCACAUCUCCGCAGUCGUCCGGCUACGACAUGAAACUAUUUCACUUCUCAUCAGUGCUCGGACAGUUCAAAGCAUCGCUACUGGCUGGCGAUUACGUUCCAUCACCUUAUCCGUACCUCCAAGACCAAUUGUACAAUGCCGAUCAACCAGGUAUUUGCCGUUACAUGACCUUAACCUACCCUUGUCGUCAAUUGAUUUUUCGAUUUUUUUUUUAUAUAGCGACGUUCAUGCUGGAUACCGGUGAAGAACUGUGGUUAUGGCAAGGGUGGUGGCCCGAAACUGCGGCCGAGGACGACUCGGAUUCCGACUCCGAGCCGUCGACAACAACGGCGCCGGUUACGGCAGAUCAUCGGGGCUCGUCUUCGACCCGCCUACAAGCCGAAAGACGGGCAGCCAUGCAGACCGCGCUCGACUACUGGAAACGCAAAUACGGGGACGCCGACGAUGACGACCCGAAGGCAUACUUGGUGUGGGCCGGACUUGAGCCUCACCAGUUCACAAACUAUUUUCCGGAAUGGUGUGGCCGUAACGACAUAGCCGAAAUUAACAUUAAGGUAAGUUUUUGGAUCUGUAGCGGUGAGAGGAGUUACCGACACCAAAAUAAAAAUAUUCAUUUGUCCAAAGACCUUAGGGACCUGAGGGUCCCUUAAACGUACAACAAACUUUCCCGAAGGACACAAAACGUGAAAAUAGGUAGACAAGGGUCAAUGGAAAUUGCUUACCUAUUUUUCCAAAGAGUAAAAAAUACUUUGUUUGAUAACCAAUCGCGCAGCCCUUCCAUGAAAAUAAAAUUCCAGAGUCGCUAUUACACGUACCGUCUGUAAAACUGUGAAAACCAAGAACAUUAUCAACAUAAUGUAAUGCUGCGGCCACACAGAAAGCUACUCCCAGGCAUUGUCCCAUAUAUUCAUCCAGAUUUCUUUUUUCAUAAACAAGGAUGUUUCUUUACUUCUUACUUACUACUUACUACUUCUUCAAUAAAUUAUUCCAGCAUUAUUGUUAUGUAUAAUUUCGUUAAAAUAAAAAAGUUGUAAAUAUCUUAAGUUACGACGUGAAAGUACCCUACGACGCGAGAUUAAGAUAUAGUAUGUUACGUCUUAUGCCGGCAGUACAUAUUUGGUGAGACACCGCAAGAGCUGCAUAGCAUUAGAGUGAACUAGUGUCCUCUCACCUCGAUGGCGCUCGCUCCGGAGGUGUUUUUUUGUGACCCAGUCAAAGGCCACGAGACGUAAGCACGAACAUUAGAAAAGGCGAGCACCUGUAAACAAAGCCAUCCGAAACAUAGCGUACACCAUUUUGUAUUUCUGUGUGGCCGUUUACGUUAUUGUAAUAAAAAACUAUUUUUUCCUGGUAGUUAAAAAAAAAAUUCAAGAAAAUAAAUCCAUGGGGAAAAUAAGCCACAGAAAAAAGACAAGUUAAAGUAUUAUAUUUUUUUUCUUAAAAUUUUAAAGACAAAUUCUAACUCAGAAGAUAGAUGUGUGAGACUGAAAAUGGUUUAUAAUAUAGUUCUAUCCAAGAACCCAAAAAAGGUUUUAAGGAAAUUUCCCUCGGUAGAUGCCAAUAAAUGUCAUAAAUUGAACAAAAAUAACAUGGUAUUUUAUGGAUAAGUAACAUAUAAUCUUAAAAUCAAUUGAUUUAUGUCUUAUACGUGUAUAAUAAUACUAAUCAAUAUUGAAAAACUGUUCUGUACGGCAUCUGUAAAUAAUAAUAAUACUUUCAUUACUAUAAAAGUAUAAAAUGCUAUUGCUAUUAUAAAAUUAAUAAUAUAAUUAACAGUACUUAAUAUAACUAAUUAUAAUAUAAUAAAUAAAUUUACUUUUUUUUCCUGCUUAUAGCGAUCAUCAUAACAUGCAUUGCUUUCUGUGUGGCCACAAAACACUCAUCUCGGAUAAUAUUGACUUUUUCGAAAAUGUUAAUUACUAUUUUUUUUUAUCACUCCUCUUUUAGAGAGUAAAACUACUACAUACUAUUGAUUUUCAAAUGACAACCUAAAUUAAAAAUUACACAAAUUGAUGGAAUAUUAGUUUAAAUAAUUCUUGAUGUAGAUAUUUCAAAUUUCCGUCAACCCAUUGAUGAGAUAUUCCACUUUUAAAUUUCGCGGAGGGAAAAGUGGUAAGUACCUCAUUUGUGUGGUGACACGGUGCACAGCGUUUUAAUACUUUUGUAUCACACCUAAACAAAUUUCAAUUUUUUUAACAAUUUAAGAAAUGCAGUGUUUGAAAAUUGUAAAAUAACCAAAAAAUAUACCUACAUACCUAUAAAAAUGAAUUUAAUUUAAUUAGGUUCUACAGGUCUAAAAUGGCAUUAUACUCCUUGAAGUUGCAUUUGUGAUAUCAUUGCCACUCCCCAAUUUAGAUGAACAAUAAUCACAAUGACACUUAUGAACAAAUAAUAAAAAACACCAAAAUAAAUAUUUGGUGCGCACUUUGCAAAUAUUCCUAUUUUUUUCCCAGUGAAAAUAAAACUAAAGCGCUAGAACUUGAAAAUACUGUGGUUUGCCAGACAAUUUUUUAUUAAUUGGGUAUUUGUUACCAUGACUGUGAUUAGAUUAGAUACUUGAGUCAUAUUUCUUGGUCAAAGCAAUCAGCAAAAGAUCUUUUAACAUAAUUAUCUACCACAGAUAUGGUACAAGCCGAUUUAUAACACGUCUUUUAAUUUUUAUCAAUUUUGUUUUAUAAUCUGUUCCUUUGUGUAUUUAUGUUUUAUUUUGACAUCAAAAGAAUAUUAUCUACAUAAAUGUUAUACUCCAAAAACAUAUAAAACCAUUUUUUAGUUUUUUAUUUUGAUGUUUGUAGCACGGCCACAAGCCUGGCGAAAUGUUGAAUGUUGAAAUAGAGUUGGCGCGAGUCACUCAAGAAUCCUAUCCAGCUGACCAACUACUUCAGAGACCUCUGCCUGACGGUGUAGAUCCCACCAGACUAGAACUGUACUUGUCACCCGCCUCAUUUGAAGUAAGUACCUUAAUACAAUAAUUCAGUAUCUGAAAUAAUAACCAUGAUUAAAGAUUUAUAUAUAACAAAAGAUAUAAUAACAGAAAUGUAGGUGACCUGAUAUUCAAAUUAAAAAUGUUGAACCGAUGAUUAUUCAAUUCCUCACUCACUCAUUUACCUUCCAUAUUUUACUUGAAAAUUACUAUUUUAUUCUAAAUUGUUGCUGUUGUAAACUGAGCUCAAAUUACAGAUACCUACAAAUUAUUACCUAUUGAUUCAUUGUUAUAAUGGCCUUACGAAGAUUAUUUUAUGUGUUGGCAAAACAUUAAUCCAUUUCUCUAGUAAAAUAAUACAUAAAGACCAUAUUUAGUAAUCUUAAAUGAAUGUAUUUUAUUAACUUUUCAAUAUAAAGUAAAGCAUUAUUUUAUUACGCCCGAAGUAUGUCAAAUAUCAGAAGUGAGAGCGCAUAUAUUAUUGGUUGGACAAGUAUUUAGCGAAAUUGUAUUUUAGAUGAUUAGCUAUCAGAAAUUUUGACAGAACAGUAUGCAGUAUGCUUGAUAACAAUUAUAUCAAAUUUAACAUAUAUUCUUUUAUAGUAUCUAUAAUCCAUAGAGUAAUGAAAGGCUGUAAUGAAAUAAAAUUAAAACGCAAAAGGGUGAUAUUUAACAGAGUGACCACCAAUAAAACUCCAAAUUUUGUUGUUGGUUCCAUAUAUUAUAUUGUAUUAUGAUUGUACAAAUUUAGUAAAAUAAUAGGUAUCUAUUAUUUUUUUUUUUUUUUUUUUUUGAUUUUAUGAAGAACCUAUUAGUUCUAGACGUAUUGUAUUUCCAAUCUACCAAUUGGUUUAGUGAAGCGAUACAAAUUCUUAAAAUAGAUUUAAAUUUAUCGUCAAGAUCUUAUACUAUUAAAAGUACAUAUUUUUGAUUUGGAAAAAAGAAAAAGGAUCAUCAUACAAUAACAACAUAACAGAAAAAGACAAAUUACACAUUAUAAUACCUGUUAGAUAGACUGUGAAGUACUGGUUGAAACAUCCAUUGUUUUUUUUCUUUUUUCUGAUGUACAGUUGUAAUGUUUUAAAGUUUCAGGAUACAUUUUUUUUGCCUAAAAUAAUUUACAUUUUAUUACAAUACAAACAUAUUAUAAUAAGUUACAUAGUAUAAUAAUGUACUUUUUCAAUACUAUAAAAGUACACUUACACAUUUUAUGCGACCAACAACAAUAAAUGGUAAUGCACGACUGCAAUAAUAAGUGUCUCCACAAGAGGGUGGGUUGUUGGACUUGGAGUACAGGGGCCUGUGGGCCUAUUGAAAUGAAUUUGUAAUUUUUGAAAUUUCAAUAGGAAUACUUAUUUUUAUAUUUUAUUCAUUUUGAUACUUUUAAGAUGCAUGUUAACCAUUGAUUACCUAGAAAUUAUCAUAUUUGGGUCUUCCGUGUCGUUUGUAAUGGAUUAUAUUAUUGUAAGAUGUAACAAUUUUUGAUAAGAAUGCUUAGAUAUUUAUUCCAUUAAGCUAGAUUUAAUCAGUAUUGUGCAUACACCGCAUUAUUUAUUCAUAACAGGCAACCAGUUUUACAAUUUUUGUAUACUGUAUUUUUAUCAUUAAAUAUACACCAUUUGCAUUCAAUUUGUGAACAUUAGCGAGAUACAGAACGGCCCCUCUAUAUUACUCUAUUGUAUAAUCAUUGCAAAUUACUGUAAUAUAUUUAUCUGCCAAAAUACAAUGUCUGCUUGAAAACUAAAAUUUUAUUAAAAAUGAUGACAAGAUUGUAGUUUUAUUUAGUUUGUAUCAUAAGUUCAGACAAAUUAUAAAACAACUGUUUUUAAUAAUUAUCUAAAAUUUUCAUCCAACACAAAUAAUAUGGCUUUAAAAAUAAUUAUAAUAAUUGUAACUAAAAAGGUAUUAAGAGAUUGAAUCUACCACUUUUAUAGUGAAUAAGAGGAAUUUUAAAUUGUAAGACUUUAUAAUAGUGAAUUUAUUAUUUAUGUAUAGUUAUUAUACUUUGUUUUUUUUUUUUUUUUUUUUUUUUUUUUUUGCAUAGGGCUUAUUGGAUAUGAGCAAAAAUGAAUUCCUACAACUGCCCAAAUGGAAGCGUACAAAAAUUAAACAGUCCGUUGGCCUAUUCUAA